CUCCUUCUAUUACUUAUCACUCACUACUUUCAUUUUUCUUUUCUCAUCAAUCAAUCGUUCAUCUAACCCCCCCCCCUUCACUCGUAUACGUUAUAUUUUCGAAACCUCCUUUGCACAACCAUGGGCGCUACUCAUUCAUCAACGCGCGCCACAUACAACGGCACAACUGGUUACUACACCACCAACCCUUCUGCCGUAAACAAGUACGGCGGCAACGCAAAGGGUCGCCGUUCCUUCUCAAAAGAUCAUCUUCAUCGUCAAUAUAACAAAAACAUCAACAAUAGCUGUGGACAAUUACACUAUCCAACCUCGAACACCAGUAGCAAUAACCUUCACCCAUCAUCAGCCUCCUCACCCUCCUCAUACCCCUAUUAUGGUCAUCCGCAAUAUAACAAUACUCACAAUCAUCAUCACCAUACGACUUCCAGCCCUCUUCAUGUCUCGCCUCCAACAAGUAGCAAUGCCUCAUCACAUUCAUCAUCCCGACAUCGGAUUUUCGGUCGGAGGCGAUCCUCUAACCAAACAGUCGAGUCUCUGUCAUCAAGUCUAGGAUCAGUGGCAACCUAUUUCGGCUCAACACCCAGCAAUGGUGCCCUUCAGCCUGACCCACAACAUCAAAACAAUAACAAACCCCGAUAUUCAGAAGAUUGUCAAUCCCUUUCAGACAGUCAGGAAUUCCGAUGGUUGCAUGGUCGACGAUAUCACAACACAUCAAGUCUGUAUAUGCUUCCCAAUGACACUGACGAAAUUGACAGAUUACAUCUUCAACACUAUCUAUACAAGAUGGUCAUGGGUGAUAAGAAUAUUCAUGUUCCUAUUCCCAAGGAGAAUAGUCGAGUUAUCGAUCUCGGAUGUGGCCCCGCCACUUGGACGAUGGAUAUGGCAACAGAAAUGACAUCAGUCAACUUUGUAGGCGUAGACAUCUCACCCAUCUAUCCAGCCCUGAUCCACCCAAGGAAUUGUAAUUUCUAUCGUGAGGAUAUUCUCCAGGGGAUCGCAUCUCAACCGGACAACUGUUUCGAUGUGGUCUAUCAACGGAAUGUGACCACCGGUUUCACAGUAGAGCACUGGCAACGAUCCUUUCAAGAGGCAUUCCGGCUCUUGAAACCGGGUGGAUGGUUCGAGAGUGUGGAAUCGGAUUGUUCCGUUCAUUCGGGAGGCCCCUUCCUGAACAUGUGUUUUGAUCAUGUGAAGCUCUCGAUGGCCUCUAGGGGAGUAGACCCAACAGUGGUCCGGUCAUUGGAUCGGAUCAUGAUCGCCACAGGAUUCGUAGAUGUGCAGGUGAAGGAGUAUUGUGUCCCAUUGGGUGAAUGGGGUGGCAAGACCGGUCAGCUAUGGAAACAAAACAUCAUCUCGAUCUUGGAGACGGUGAAGCCUCAUCUGGCAAAGGCUGGUCGAAUCACAGAGGGACAAGUCGGGGAGAUGAUCCAGUCCAUGAAUCGAGAGUCGAAGGAUUAUCGGGCUUACCAAACCAUUUAUGUGACCUAUGGACGAAAGCCUCCUUCUUCAUCUUAAUGAAUGAUUUGAAG